CCGCCCCCGGCCCUGUCGGCGCGGGGCGGAGCCUUCGCCCCCGGCGCUCUCCCUGUGCGGCGGGACGCGCGGAGAGGGCCCGACGCGGCCAUGCGAGUCCCGUGUCCGGUCCCGAACCCCAGCCCGAGCCCCGGAGCGGCACGGCACCCCCGGCGGAGGCGGCGGGCGUGGGGCCCGCUCUGAGGCCGGGGGAUGCGCCGCCGCCUCGACCAUGGGCGCCGCCGCCUCCCGGAGGAGGGCGCUGAGGAGCGAGGCCAUGUCCUCGGUGGCGGCCAAAGUGCGAGCAGCCCGAGCGUUUGGCGAGUACCUGUCCCAGAGUCACCCUGAGAACCGGAACGGUGCAGACCACCUGCUGGCUGACGCCUACUCUGGCCACGACGGGUCCCCUGAGAUGCAGCCAGCCCCACAGAACAAGCGCCGCCUCUCCCUUGUGUCCAAUGGCCGCUAUGAGGGCAGCCUCUCAGAGGAUGCGGUCUGUGGGAAGCCGGCUGGCGAGGGCCCCCAGCCCCGAGUGUACACCAUCUCUGGGGAGCCAGCCCUGCUGCCCGGCCCAGAGGCCGAGGCCAUUGAGCUGGCCGUGGUGAAGGGGAGGCGGCAACGGGAGAGGCACCCCCACCACCACAGCCAGCCCCUGCGUGCCAGUCCAGGCAGCAGCCGUGAGGACAUCAGCAGGCCCUGCCAGAGCUGGGCGGGCAGCCGCCAGGGCUCCAAGGAAUGUCCUGGAUGCGCCCAACUGGCCCCCAGCCCCUCCCCUCGGGCCUUUGGGCUUGACCAGCCGCCGCUGCCUGAGGCCCCUAGCCGCCGCAAGAAGCUGGAGAGGAUGUACAGCAUGGACCGUGUGUCUGAUGACAUCCCUGUCCGUACCUGGUUCCCCAAGGAGAACCUCUUCAGCUUCCAGACAGCAACCACCACUAUGCAAGCGGUGUUCAGGGGCUACGCGGAGAGGAAGCGCCGGAAACGGGAGAAUGAUUCCGCGUCUGUAAUCCAGAGGAACUUCCGCAAACACCUGCGCAUGGUCGGCAGCCGGCGGGUGAAGGCCCAGAGUAAGGCCCCGACGUUCGCCGAGCGGCGCGAGCGGAGCUUCAGCCGGUCCUGGAGCGACCCCACCCCCAUGAAAGCCGACACCUCCCACGACUCCCGAGACAGUAGUGACCUGCAGAGCUCACACUGCACCCUGGGCGAGGCCUUCGAGGACUUGGACUGGGAGACUGAGAAGGACCUGGAGGCUGUGGCCUGUGACUCGGAGGGCUUCCUGCCGCCCAAGGUCAUGCUCAUCUCCUCCAAGGUGCCCAAAGCCGAGUAUAUCCCCACCAUCAUCCGCAGGGACGACCCCUCCAUCAUCCCCAUUCUCUACGACCACGAGCACGCGACCUUCGAGGACAUCCUGGAGGAGAUAGAGAAGAAGCUGAACGUCUACCGCAAAGGGGCCAGGAUCUGGAAGAUGCUCAUCUUCUGCCAGGGCGGCCCUGGACACCUGUACCUGCUUAAGAACAAGGUGGCCACCUUUGCCAAAGUGGAGAAGGAAGAGGACAUGAUCCACUUCUGGAAGCGGUUGAGCCGCUUGAUGAGCAAAGUGAACCCAGAGCCGAACGUCAUCCACAUCAUGGGCUGCUACAUUCUGGGGAACCCCAACGGGGAGAAGCUGUUCCAGAACCUCAGGACGCUCAUGACCCCUCACAGGGUCAUCUUCGAGUCCCCCCUGGAGCUGUCCGCCCAAGGGAAGCAGAUGAUCGAGACCUACUUUGACUUCCGGCUGUACCGCCUGUGGAAGAGCCGCCAGCACUCGAAGCUGCUGGACCUGGAGGAUGUCCUCUGAGGGCCGCCGGGGCCGCGGCUCCCGGGCCUCACGGCCUCUUGGGGCACGCGCAGACGCCGCUCAGGUUCCCUGCCGGGGUCCGGUCCCCACUGCACCCCGGGCCGUAAGGAGCCUUGCCCGCCGCAGCCACGCGGAUGCUCAGCAGCCCUGGGCAGCUCCUCUCCGCAGGUCCCUAGAAAUAAGUGCAAUUUUCUACACGCCGUGAAACAGUUAGGGAAGCAGCAUUACUAGUCAAUAGGUCAGCGCUACGUCACUUGUCGCGGCGUAGGCAGCCCCGCCCACGUCUCUCCAGGACCCUUUCUGCCCCAGCCCCUGUGCCCUGCCGUCUUUGAUCACCAGCACCAGGGUGGCCCGUCUGGGGGCCGGCGGCGCUCGGCUGGCUCCAGCCCUGGCCGAGUCCUGAUGGUCCGCGCUUGCUCCCCCGCCACCCCUGCUUUGACCUCAGCCGCUCCGCCGCGGGGGUGCCCGGCAGCAAGGGAGGGUAGGCCCUCCCUCCCAGGGGGCGCCGUGUGGGGCCGGGCCCUGCCCGCGCGCGGCGGCCGCUGCCAGUUCAGCUUUUGCUGGCCGCGGUCUGGAGCUGUUCCGGGUGCGGAGGCCUGGGAGCGUGGUGGGGGCGGGCCGGGGCUGGGUCCCGGCGGGCGGGAGUCCUGCCACACGCGGCCGUGGGGGCUGACCCUGCGUCGCAGGCCCGAGAGCCGAGCCGCUGGUGGGCUGGGGCGACGGCCCUCUUGUAUAUAGCUGGGGCUUGGGGGCGGGCCCCCCUUUACAGAGCCUGGGGCUGAGCACGCCUGGCAGUGCCCUCGGCUGAAGGAGGGGUGUGGGCGCGUGCCGGGCUCCAGAUGGUGUACGAUACCCCUUAGAGUGACUAUUAAACCCAACCCUCCCUGCG